AUGUGGCUGCUCAAAGUCGCUACGAUAGCGGCGGCGGUUGCAGCAGGGCUGCAAAUUGAGCCUCUUCAACUGGCAGAAGUGGAAUACGCAAAGAGACAAUUGGGAGAUGCUACAACUGCCAACGGGGCAGGCAGCAGAUCCGUCUUCAUCAACAUCAUCUGCUGCACCCACGACUCCCCCUCCGCCUCCACCUCCUCCGCCGCCACCGCCGCCUACCACAACAUCAACAACAUCGUCCAGCUCACCGCUCCCUCCACCACCUCCUCCGACGACAACUUCGCGGACGACAUCAUCAGCUGUGAGAACAACUUCCUCGGCAGCUCCUCCUCCACCACCUCCACCACCGGCGUCAACAUCACCACCGCCUCCUCCGCCUGCGGCUCCGACAACCUCAGCUCAGCCUCAACCACGCAACCCCGAGCAUCAGCACCGCCGACUGCGCUUCCAGCUGUUACUACCAGUGCCGCACUGCAGCCGCAACCGGCCCAGGGAGGAGCUCAGAAUGGGCAGCCACCGCAGCAGAGACUCAUUGACCCAGCUGAGGGUGCAUUCAUUGGAGGUGUUCCGACGACUAACAUCGAUGUCCCCGUGACAUUCCUGUUUUUGCUGUUGUUCAGCGCUGGAGCGUACACGCACAUCAGAAUUUACAGAGCCAAUGCGAAGCGGGGUCACAAAUUCCUGCUCUCAGAUCUCAUGUUCGACUUCUGCAUGGUCCGAAACGUCACUUGCAUCAUGAGAAUCAUCUGGGCUUUCGAGAAGGCUCGCGUAGUGAUUCUCAUUGCUUUAAUUGUGCAAUUCGGAGGUGCUGUGGUCGUCAUGGUGGUCAACAUAUUCUUUGCCCAAAGAAUCAUCCGGUCAAUUCACCCCAAUUUUGGGUGGCACCCUUUCUUCAGAGUUGCGACUCUCUUCUUCAUUUUCUCGGUUCCGGCUGUUAUCUUCAACAACAGUACGGCACUGGGAGUCUCGUUUUAUCACAUUGAAGAUCAGGACCGCGUCGACACUGCGCUCAACGUGCUCAAAGCUGGAGUAUCUUGGAUCAUGUUGCUUGCAAUCCUACCUGUCGUUUCGGUUCUCUUUGCCGCCGUGAUUCCAGGACCCAAGCCCGAGAGGUUUGGUGUUGGGGACACUCAUCAGAAGAUUGCAGUUUUGCUGAUCGGUGCCAUUCUUCUCAUUGCGGGUCACGCUGUCCGUCUGACGUCAAUCCUGAACCCCGAGCCGCCCGAUUCGACGGAUAAACUCUUGAGCAAAGAGGUCUUCUACACCACAGGAUUCAUGUUGGAAAUCCUUGUCGUGGUUUUCUAUGCUGUCAUCCGAAUCGACUUACUCUUCCACGUUCCCAAUGGUUCAAGCCAGCCAGGCGAUUACUCAAGAAAGCCCAAGCCAGGAGAAGACGACUACGAGGCCGCCCUUCUCACCAAGGAGGAGAUUGAGGACGAACUUGCGGCAAUGGGUCAUCCAUAUGAGAUCGUGGACUCAUCGGGCCUGGGCAGAGAUGGAUCUGGACGCACCAUUGUUGCAUUCAGCACCCGCCGCAUGAAUGGCGAGAAGCCUGUUGUCUUGCCUCCUCGACCACAAGCAUACAGUCGUGUGCAAUCCAUCAGGGGAUCCGUUAGGUCCGUUCGUGGCUCGCUUAGGUCAGCCCGCGGCGGUAUCUCGCGAAUGAUGUCCGGUCGCAUGACUCCGGCUCCGUACCUGAAUCAGGUAGACGUCGCACAACCGGCAUUCAACGAAAACCCGUUCGGCAAUGAUCACCGGAGCCAGUACGGUGUGGCACAACCGCUGUUCAUCCAGUCCAGGUUCAGCAGAUACACGGAUCCCGACGACGAGAGGUCCGCCUUGCGCCCUGAAAGUCAAGCAACAUCUGGUGAAAUUCCCUUGACGUUUGAUAGAGACGGUCUCGGUUUUGAAGAAGGACGAUCGAGGGUGGCAAGGCGAUCUUCGAUACAAAAGUUUACAGCGAUGGAAAGGGAAGGUGGCCCUUUGAAAUAG